GUGUGUAUGUGUGUGUGUGUGUGUGUGUGUAUUUUCAUUUACAACAGCCAAACUAUGGAAGUUCAUACAGUAUUCAACUUUUAAAAGUAAAUCUCCAAACGGAAUUCAGAACGAACGGAAAUUCGUAUUCUUUUCAAGAAGUUUCAAUAUCUUUGAAUUAACAUGAAAAUACCACGAGAUUUUAUUAUAACGCUUCGUUUGCAAGGUUCUGCGCAAUUAAAAGAAUACGAUUAAGUCGAUUCUAUAGAAAGACAAAGACGUAACGGAAAAUAUACAGUUUUAUUAUUGAAUCUCUCUAACAGAAAUUGUUUGUCGCGUUUCGCGAUUCACGAUUCACGAAGCAGAUGCAUUUUGUUCAAAUGAAAGAGAACAACUGAAUUUCGCGACUAAUCAGCAUUAUCGGAAAGAUAACCUUGACAGAUUAAAAUCGUCAAUAACGUGGAUGAAAUUUCAUUCCAUAUUAAACGCGAUACAUAGGAUAGAACUGUCUACAUUAAAUUGAUUAUAUCAUAUCUUAUUAUUAUAUCUUUAUUUUGGAAAAUGCAUAUCAAUGAAUUAUGUAUACCUACGCGUCAGAAAUAAAAAUACCCAACUGUCGAUGUUAGUUACUCGGGAGACAUCCUCUUUAAGAGCCGUCUGAUGUGUAAUGACAUUUACGUGGUUAGCAACGAGGAGAAAAUAAACUGUAAAUCGUGUUUAAAAACGCGGGAAAUGGGGUGGAAUAUAGAUAAUCGUCAACUGUUUUACGAUAAAAUAUUUAUCAAUCGAUGAUAAACUAGUUUGAGCAUUUAAUUCAGCGUAUCGUGUUAGUGUGGAAGAGUAUCCUGUAGAGGUCUUCCGACUUAGUGCCGCCAUUUUCUCCUUUGGUUCUGCGUUUUACAUUCCAGAGAUUGCUUUGAGGGCAAGAUGUCGUCCGCGAGUGGUGAUGAGACCGAGAUUGCUUUAAAUGAACCCGUACGACGCACGAGGUCUAGUCGUACGCGUAAGACCGCCGUUGUGGCGAAGAAAUCGCCCGUGAAGAAACUUCUGGCAAGGGCAACACGUUCGCCGAAAAAAGUACAGGAAAUCGAAGAGAUCGAAGAGGAGGAGUCCGUGUUCCAAGGGGAAGUUGUUAUGGAAAGCAUUCCAGAAAAUGGAGUGCAAAGGUUCACCGAUAUAAUCCAGCAGCACGACGAAGAUGAAUCGUCUAUGUUACACUUAGAACUGGACGAUUCCACCGAUGCUGCUGUUCAUGAAAUUAAUAUGAAUCAAAGUGUGCAGAUAGAAGAAGAUCAGGAAAAUGUCCCUGAUUCCGAGACAUCCGAAUCUCAAAUUGAUCAUUCCACCGUGGUGUCAGAUCAUAUGAUUAUAGAAGAGAGCAGUAUGGACAAAGUUGACAUGUUAAAUGACCAAGAACAAAUCGAUAUGGAGGGACAAGAUACAAGUAACGACGAGACAAAUCAACGCGUGUUAAUAGAUUUCCAAGAAGUAAUAACCGACGACGGGGAACCUAUAACACAAGUAACAGAAAUUUUGGAGUCUGAGGAAAUUGAGCCUGAAAAUGUUUUAACCGAAGAUGCUGGAAUUGAAGUUAUGGAAGUAGACGAUUCUCAACAAGAAGUAUCAGAAGUUGUGGAGAAUGUUACAGAAAUGUUGCCGGAUAGAACAGAAGAAACGGAAAUAUCCGAAAUUACAGAGGUAAUGGAUGCUGAUGCAGAGUGCUCGCCUCGAAGUACUAUUAAGAAAACAGAACCAGACACAGAGGCCGUGUCCGAGGAUGAGUUACCUACCGAAGCUGCAGCAAAGGAGCCUGAAACGGAAGCGGUGUCCGACGAAGAACUACCAGCUGCGGCGCCUGCAGACUUGGGAGAAACAGAAUCUGUUUCGGAGGAUGAACUACCACCGGAUAGUGAAAAGAAGAAGAAGAGCGGGAUGAAAGCUAUGAGCAAGACUCCCGAGAAGAAAAAUAAAACGGAAGGCGGAAGUAAACGGAAGUUGAACGCAGAAGGGGAAUACGAUCCUAGUUCACCGACGUCUGAAAAUAACGAUGAAACGCCAGCCAAGAAGGUGGCACUUUCAACUGAAACGGAAGUCGGGGAUAAUAAACAAGAAACUAAACCAGCAUCUCCAAAGAAAAAGACUCUACCCGAACUAGAAAAGUAUUGGAAGGCAGUUAACGAGGAUCCAUCAGAUUUCACGGGAUGGACGUAUCUCCUUCAGUACGUUGAUCAAGAAAACGAUGCGGAAGCUGCCCGCGAAGCUUAUACCAAAUUUUUGGAGCGUUAUCCAUAUUGCUACGGUUACUGGAGAAAGUUCGCUGAUUACGAGAAGAAGAAAGGCAACCCCGAAAAUGUCCAAAGGCCUAGCACGUCUUGCGGCACCUAUACGACUCUCUCCGUUUACCAAAUAGCUAGUUACUUAAUUAUUCUGCGAUAUCUACAAUAUUAUUGCGAACAUUACUGUUUUACAUAUACCGUUUAUACCGAUAUUCUACAUACAAUACGUAAGUCAAGCGAAGGCUAGUUGUUUCAAUUUUGCGAUAUUUAUCGUGCAAGAUAUUGUGUGUAAUAUUUACUGUAAGCAUUUGUACACAUAGCUUACUACAGAAAGUAUUGUAACUUAAGCAUAAGAUGCGGUACCUUACUUAAUGUAAGUAAGAUUGGGUUGGGUGUUAAAUCAAAGUCAGAAACAAAGACUUAGGACGUGAACGCGCCAGAGAGGGAGCAAGAAAAAGUGGCGGAAGACACAGAGGCACCCAGAUUGGAACACUCCUUGACUUUAAGGUGAAUGCACAAUGCUCUGCAAUCUCUGUGUUAAUUAAAUACUUUUAUUUACAGUACGCGUACGA